AUGGCACCAGCUACUAACUGGCUUUCUUUUUCACUCUCUCCAAUGGAAAUGUUGAGGUCAUCUGAAUCUCAGUUGAUGUCUUAUGAGACUUCCUCUACUGCCUCUCCUCACUACUUGAUCGAUAACUUCUAUGCUGAUGGAGGCUGGACAAACCCCAAAGAAGCACAAGUCACAACCACGACGAUGGCGGAGAGCUCUAGUAUUCUGACAAGCCUUAUAGACCCAGAAACUCAACACCAACAAGUCCCAAAACUGGAGGAUUUUCUGGGAGAUUCUUCAUCAUCUAUUAAUGUUCGAUACUCGGAUAAUAGCCAGACAGAGACACAAGACUCGUCCUUGACUCACAUCUAUGAUCAUCACGGCUCUGCAGCUGCUUACUUCAACGAGCAACAAGAUCUUAAAGCCAUUGCUGGCUUCCAAGCCUUUUCGACUAACUCAGGCUCGGAGGUUGAUGACUCGGCUUCGAUAGCUCGAACACAGCUUGGUGGUACUGUCAGUGAGUUUAUUGAGUCGACUGGAAAUGAGCUGGGGUUCUCUAAUAAUGCGGCCUUGUCACUUGGCCGGGUGAAUAAUGAUACUAGCAAUAACCCGUGUGGUGGUGCUUCUACAGAGAAGCAGAUUGCUAUUGUUUCUGCUGACUCUGAUAGCUCUAAAAAGAUUGCUGAUACUUUUGGCCAGCGAACUUCUAUUUACAGAGGAGUUACCAGAAAUAUUUUGGUUUCCAAUGUCAUUGCUGCUACUGCUGCUGCAGACAUAGAUGGACAGGUAGAUAUGAAGCGCAUCUAUGGGAUAACAGCUGUAGGAGAGAGGGUCAGGCUAGGAAAGGGCGUCAAGCUAACUGCGGUAAACAGCAGCUUGGGUGGUCUAGUGUACUUAGGUGGGUAUGAUAAGGAAGAAAAGGCAGCUAGGGCUUAUGAUUUGGCAGCUCUAAAAUACUGGGGUCCAACUGCAACCACCAACUUCCCUGUUUCGAAUUAUACUAAAGAAGUGGAAGAUAUGAAGUAUGUGUCCAAGCAAGAAUUCAUUGCCUCGUUGAGGAGGAAAAGUAGCGGUUUUUCUAGGGGAGCCUCUAUUUACAGGGGUGUCACAAGGCAUCAUCAACAGGGUCGUUGGCAAGCAAGGAUAGGCCGUGUUGCCGGGAACAAAGACCUCUACCUUGGCACAUUUGCCACAGAAGAGGAAGCAGCUGAGGCGUAUGAUAUAGCUGCCAUAAAGUUUAGGGGUCUGAAUGCAGUGACCAAUUUUGAGAUGAGCCGAUACAACGUCGAAGCUAUAAUGAAAAGUGCUCUUCCAGUUGGUGGUACAGCAAAGCGCUUAAAGAUCUCACUAGAUGCCGAGCAGAAACAACAUGUAAACAACAACCAGCAGCCGCAGCCGCAGCCCCCACCGCAGCCCCAGUGCAGCAGCAAUAGCAACAACAUCAGUUUUGCCGCUGUUCAGCCAGUUUCUGCUGCAGUUCCUUAUGGCAUUCCGUUCGAUCCCUCCGCAGCGCUUUAUCAUCACAAUAUCUUCCACCACCUCCAAACCACUAACAACUUCGGUGCAACUGACUCCUCUGGUUCCACCACCUCAUCCAUGGCAACUCCAAUGACUAUAUUGCCGCAAACUGCUGAGUUUUUUGAGCUCGAGUUUGAAAUAAAGGUGUCUCCUAAAGACGAAGGGUUAGAAAGUGAGGAGCAUUUGACGGUAGAGAAGUAUGGUCACAAAUAUCUCUUUUGA